AUGACACGUGAACGACGUUUGAAUGAUUUUCUUCUAACUGUUACGAAAUCCAUUUUCCAAGAACUCGUCAGUAUGGAUGUUGUCAUGCUGAAGAUCAUGAGUUAUGCGAAGAAGUUAGUCAAUGCUGAUCGAGCUUCGUUGUUUAUGGUUGAUUCACGAACAAAAGAACUUUAUGCACGAAUCUUUGAUAUUGGACGUGAAGAACAUGAUAUGCUUGACUCAUCUGCGAUUAGUGAUAUUGAUGGAGAAAAACGCUCAGCAUCCGAUGAAUGUCCAUGUAUACGGUUUCCCAUGGAUAAAGGAAUAGCUGGUUAUGUCGCAACAACAGGAAAAACACUGAAUAUUCUUGAUGCUUAUAGUGAUAGUCGAUUUAAUCGAGAUAUUGAUCAGAAAACAGGUUAUAAAACAAAAACACUCUUGUGCAUGCCAAUUAUGAUUCAAGGAAGUGUAAUUGGUGUUGUUCAGAUGAUCAAUAAAAAAAAUGGACAUUUUACUAAAAGUGAUGAAGAAUCAUUUGAAACCUUCGCUGUUUAUUGUGGGCUUGCUCUUCAUCAUGCAUCACUUUAUGACCGUAUUCGUCGCUCUGAACAAAAGUGUAAAGUAUCACUUGAAGUUUUAUCGUAUCACGCCUCAUGUACUGAUGAAGAAUACGAACGAAUGAAAGCAUGUCCACUUCCAGACAACAUUCCAAAUCUCGAACGAUUCGAAUACUCACCGUGGAAUGUCUCGAAUGAGUUCAAACCCACAUAUGUUCUUUAUAUGUUUCUCGAUCUUGCUAAUCUUGAUCCAUUAUACGCCAAUCGAUUCGAUAUGGAAUGUCUAAUGAGAUUUAUAUUGACUGUACGAAAAAACUAUCGAAACGUCCCGUAUCAUAAUUGGUCCCAUGCAUUCAGUGUAGCACAUUCAAUAUAUACUGUGAUAAAACAAACAAAAAAUGGAUUUUCACCAAAUGAUUGUAUUGCGCUGUUUGUUGCCUGUCUGUGCCAUGAUCUCGAUCACCGUGGUAAAACGAACGCAUUCAUGGUGAAAAGUGCUUCAGCUCUUGCUUCAAUCUAUUCAACAUCAACUAUGGAACGACAUCAUUUCAAUCAGACUGUUACUAUCCUUCAGAGUGAAAAUUUAAACAUUUUUAAACAUUAUUCUUCGAAAGAAUAUCGACAAAUGUUAGAUGAAAUUCGUCAUUGUAUAUUGGCAACUGAUCUAGCCUUGUUCUUUGAUAAUCGUCCGAAACUUGAACGUAUCGUCGACACGACGGAUUUCACUUGGCGGAAUCGAGAGCAUUUUCGUCGAUUACAAUCCAUAGCAAUGACAUCGGCCGAUCUAUGUGCUAUGUAUAAGCCGUGGCAAGUUCAACAAGAAAUUGUCAGCACAAUAAUGGACGAGUUUUGGGAAGAGGGUGAUGAAGAGAAACGACAAGGUCUGCAACCGCAAUCAUUAAUGGAUCGUUCACUUGCUCAUGAAUUACCCAAAAAUCAGGUGAAUUUUAUUAAAAGUAUUUGUCUCCCAUGCUAUUCACUAAUGGCACGUAUUUUGCCUGAAACAACGCCAAUGCUCAACGGAGCGAAAAGUAAUCUUCAACGAUGGCAAGAAUUAGCAGAUGAAGCUUCACAAAAGACUCAAACGAAUCGAAUUGCUACGACAUCAACGGAUGAUAUGUCCAAAUCUUCUCUAAUUUCUCCAGCUAAUAAAAACGGUCAGCCAGCAUCAUCGUGA